UUCCAGCGGCAGACGUCAAAAAGUACUAGCUGUUUAGAUUGAGUUUUUGCUUGUCUUAAUGACUCGUCGAUUGUGAGGCCGAUUCACAAGUAAUCAAGCUCGCCGUUAGCGCCCAAUCAGCCAGCGUUCGAUGAGCCGAAAAUCAAUGAGCAAAAAAUCAAUGAGGCAGAUCGCGUGUCUUUGAAGCAAUUAGGUAAACAAACAGCGGCGUUAGAUUCAGUCUCCUGUCGGCACUUACUGGGCGUCAGGCUACAGGACAGGUCACUUACGGCGUGAGGCUACAGGACAGGUCACUUACGGCGUGAGGCUACAGGACAGGUCACUUACGGCGUGAGGCUACAGGACAGGUCACUUACAGCGUCAGGCUACAGGACAGGUCACUUACGGCGUGAGGCUACAGGACAGGUCACUUACAGCGUCAGGCUACAGGACAGGUCACUUGUAGCUGUUGGCACAUUUCUUGUCUAAAAGUUCAAGCCAUCCAAUUAACCUGAGCAAUGUCGGUCAUACUUUUGUCUGGGAGGAAGAAAGCAAUUGCUGAGAAGAAAAAAGUUAUUCGGAAAGUUGGGAAGAUUGCUGAGGGGAAGGAACCCGCUGUUACUGCAUUAUGGAAGGUGACGACAGGGGGACGGAAAGUGACCAUCUCAUUUUCUCGCGACAACAUGAACGUGUACGUGGACAACAAUCCAAUCGAGUGUACGGCUUACAUCACGGACAGCGGGUAUGACCUUGACCUUUUAUUCAACUUGGGCGAGAAUAAAGGUCACAUCUACAGUGACGUGGAGGGCACAGAAAUGACCAACUAUCUGUUCUUUGACGAUCAGUUGGUAGCACAGGAGAAACAGACCAACUUGAAGUCAGGUCAUCGCCCUGAUGAGGCAGAUUAAUCUGUUGUGUAGAGUGUAGCAACAAGCAGUCAAAAAUUGAUGACCUCUGUGCUGAGUGCGUUUGUGUCUUGUAUGGCUAGUCUAGUCACAUUUUUUAACUGCUAGAUUAAAUUAUUGAUUUGUAGCAUAGUGAAAAAUUGUAUUAUAAAAGAUAAUUGUAUACAUCAUGGUGAUUGAUUCAUACUAGUGUAAGCAUUAGGUUUCUAAUUUUCUAGGGGUUCAAUUGUAACUAUUUUAAUUCAUUAUUUAUAGAUAUACAUUUCUACUUUUAAUUAAAGAAAUAAUUGUCCUGUAUUAGUCCAUGCAUAUAAUUUGUCUGAUAUUCAAUAUGUUGUUGUAUUAGAUUUUUAAAAAUAAUGAUAAACUUUAGUUACCAAUAUAGAUCUUUUGUAUAAAUAAAAAAAAAAGGUACUGAAAAGAAUUUUUUUAUAAAAUCAAUAAAUGUAUGAAACAACACAGUACACAAGAAGUGACUUUAUUGAAUGUUUAUCACAUGAUUGUAAAACUAGUAUUGCACAUAUUUUGUAAAGUUGUUCUUUUGAUAAUAAGUUCAACUUUUAAACUUUAAAUUAAAAUUAAAAAUAUGUAAAACUAACACAAAAUACAUUAAAUAUUUGAGCAGUUUUGUAAAAUUAGAGAAAAUGUAAUAAAAUACUAUUUCACAAUAUAUUUCC